UAUCUACUUAUCUGGAACCCGGCCCGGUGAGUGAGUUGACAUAGAGCUAUAAAGAAUAUUGGGCGGAGUUGGAAGAGUUUUGAAGCAACUCGCAAGUGGCGAUGGCAAUGAUAGAUCUGGAGAAACACUUCGCCUUCUAUGGAGCAUACCACAGCAACCCCGUUAACAUCUUCAUUCACAUGCUCUUCGUCUGGCCCAUCCUAUUCACCGCUCAAAUACUCCUCUAUUUCACUCCAUCCCUCUUCUCCUUCUCCUUCUCCUUCUUCCCUCCCCCUCUCCUCCUCAACUACGGCUUCCUCUUCACCGCCAUCUACGCCCUCUUCUACGCCUCCCUCGACCUCAAAGCUGGCUCUCUCGCCGCCCUCCUCACUUUCCUCUGCUGGUUCGCUUCCUCUUUCCUCGCCAACCACCUCGGAUUCUCCCUCGCCUGGAAGAUUGUGUUGGCUUCUCAGAUAUUCUGUUGGACUGGACAGUUUAUUGGUCACGGCGUCUUUGAGAAACGUGCUCCAGCCCUCUUCGAUAACCUUGUUCAAGCUUUCCUAAUGGCCCCAUUCUUUGUCCUCUUUGAGGCUCUCCAAUUAUCUGUCGGAUAUGAACCAUACCCAGGGUUCCAAGCAAAGGUGAAGGCAAAGAUUGAAGCCGAACGCAAGCAAUGGCAAGACAAGAAACAAAAGAAACUUUCUUAGCUUCAAUAUCUGUGUCUGUGUUUGUGGUUGUUGUACAUCAUAUUCCCUCUGCAAAUAAUGGAUUUGUAUUAUACAGACAUGCAUUGAAAAACAAAUUACUACACAUGAAUCUAUCUAUUUUACUCCUCAAAGUCCAUGUUAAUCAAUCAUAAUGAAACUGUUAAAUGUGUUUCAAUCACAUUUGCGUCA